CCUCUCGCCUCCAUUCCUCCAGCUCGGCCGUCCAAGCCAGGUCUUCCCAGCUCGAUCUGCCCCGGAAGCCAGAGGAGGAGAGCAGAGGAAGGCUAUGGGCAACACCGGGAGUACAUCUCCUGCAAGCUUAGGAAAGUCUCAUGUUCCACAUUUACAAUGGAAGGUUCAUGACUUCUCAGCGCUACUUGAGACAGGAGCCAUGUCAGCAAAAUCUGCUCCUUUUCACUGCUCCGGGUAUAAGUGGUUCCUGAAAGUGACACCACCAAUGCAUCAAAAACCUGGCGCUGAAACUCCAUAUGUUGGUCUUUCUCUUAAACUAGGCCGGACAAGCCUGAAGCCGGGUGACACGGUAAAUGCCGUGUUUGAGUUAUCAGUAUACAAUCAUGCAAAGAAGAUAUACUAUGGACGCAAAGGCUGUUAUGGUUAUGAAGAAGGCUACCACACUUCAGAACCUUUUUAUCCAGAAGAAAGGGCUCAUCAAAGGGACCUACACCUGGACCAUGGACAACUACCAUGAAUUGGACUUGAAGCGCUAUGUUUGUUCUCCUACAUUUGAAGUCGGUGGACAUAAAUGGCAUGUUGGCAUGUAUCCGCAUGGAUGCAGACACAUCACCGGCCACAUCUCCUUGUUCUUAUACCUGGAGUCCUCGGAUAAGCUCUGUGACGAGUCCGGGAAGGUAGUUGAAUUGACUCUAUCCAUCCUAGACCAAAAGAACGGGAAACACUCCACCAUCACUUCAGGUCUCUCAGUGUUUGCAGGUGAUAGCAGCUGGGGAUGGCCCAAGUUCCUUACAGUCGAUAAAUUCAAGGAUCCGUCUCGAGGCUAUGUCCUAGGAUCGAGAUGCGUCGUCAAGGCAGAUUUCACUGUCGUUGGCUCCUCCAAUGAUGGUUAGAUCUUUAGCUCAUGGCCCUUGCAUCCUACUACUUGCUAGUAUUCUGUUAAGUUUUUGCCAUAUUGUUUUGGUAGCAGUGCUAACACGACCAUCAUAUGGUGCUAACGACAAACUUAGCACUGGAAGUUGAAAACAUGUUAGUUUUAUUUCGGGCAAUGUGAUGUUAGAAACUACUCCCUCCGUUCCAAAUUACUCG